GCCCCUCAUGCUCACCUUCGUGAUGCUCUGCUGCGGUCGGAUGCUUUUGAUCGUGCUUUCAAGUUAAAGCUGUCGCUCACCAAGUGCGCGGUUGUGGCACGUGCCGAUGAUGCUGAAGCGUCUGCUCUGGCACGGGAGCGGCAGUACAAACACCUGCAAACCCUCGAGGUACUGGGCGUGACCGUCCCCCUGAAGGAGCAAUGGGGCCUGCUGCGCUUCUCCUUGGAUAAGGUUCAACUUAGGUUGCGGUUGAUGCGGGGCCUUGACUUGCGUCUCAGAGACGCCCGCCAACUUCUCCGAGAGCUGAUCGUUCCGGCUUAUGCAUGGGCUGCUCCGUAUGCCAUGCCCGAGCCUCAUGAGCUGGAGGCCGUCCGGCAGGAGACCCUGUUCCUUUGCUCCCGACAGGUUGGCCAGGAAGCUGCCAGGGUCUUGUUUUACGAGAUUGCAGGGUGGUUUCUGGAGCCUCAGUUUGCCCUUGAUGCCGCCGUGCUCAGGGCCACGUGGCGGUACGUUGAUCGUGCUGCGGAGCGCCUCUUCGCCAGAGCUGUGCCGUUGAUGCCCGUGCCACCGCCCGCCGUGGACCCCGAAGGUUUCCGUGAGGAGCUCUGUGAACAGCUUCUUCCGCUGAUGGCAACCAACAUGGUCGCUGUCGCCACUGAUGGUUCCAGUAAGCAUGAGGUUGGGGCUAUGGGCUUCGCCUUAGGGUCUCCGGACAUUACCUGUGCCACGGCCGAUGCCUUGGAGGACCAAUGCUCCUUCCGCAUGGAACUCCAGGCGGUGCACUUGCUCCUCCUGUCGUUGCGUGAUGCUGUUGCCAUGGCCAAGGCCCACAACACUUUCAGUUGCCAACGUGUCUGGUUGGCGGUCGACUGUGAAGCUGUUAUUCGGGCUGUGCAGGGUGAUCGUGGCUUCGACUACUUCCUCUUGCUUGAAGGCGUGCGGCAGCUCCGGCGGGAAUUGCAUACCAUGGGCCUCUCCACGGCUUUCGUGUGGGUCCCCUCUCACGGCAAGCGGCCCACCUGGGCUCCACCGCAUGGCUUGGACGGCUCCCUUCUCCGAGCACUCAACCAGGCUGCGGAUGCAGUGGCAGGCCGCUGUAUGCUGAGGCGGCUCAAUGGCUCUGCCAGGGAACGCUGUGCUCAGUUGCGUCGCCAGGCUCUGGAAUGGGAAGUGCAGACGCUAAGGACCGUUGCGCUCACGGC